UUAAAGAAUGUUGAUUUGUGCUAUUGGUGUGGUGCAGAAGAUGGCAUUAUCAAACCAUCUGAUGAAUUAAAGUCACAGUUUAAGACUAUUUACCCACUUUGUAUUUCAUGUAAUGCUAAUAGUCGUGAAUGGUCUACUCAGGCACCAAUU